UCGGCCCGACUCGGUCGCCGCUCGGCUCUUCCCGGAGAGGCCUAGCGCCGCCGCCACUACUACCACCACCAACAACCACCACCGGAGCCUCCUUUCUCCGGCCUGCCGGUUUUUGCCACCUCGGCGGGACGCCGGCCGGCCGGCGAGAUGGAAGCCGUGCCCCGCAUGCCCAUGAUCUGGCUGGACCUCAAGGAGGCCGCCGAGUUCGGCUUCCAGCCGGCCGUCAAGAAGUUUGUGCUGAAGAACUACGGAGAGAAUCCGGAGGACUACAAUGAAGAGUUGAAGAAACUUGAACAGCUCCGGCAGAGCGCCGUGAACGUGCCGAGGGAUUUCGAAGGAUGCAGCAUUUUGCGGAAAUAUCUGGGCCAGCUUCACUACCUCCAGAGCCGAAUUCCGAUGGGAGCCGAACAAGAGGCAUCUGUCCCCAUCACCUGGACGGAGAUCUUUUCUGGCAAAGCGGUCACUCACGAAGACAUCAAAUAUGAGCAGGCCUGCGUCCUCUACAAUCUGGGGGCCUUGCACUCCAUGCUGGGAGCCAUGGACAAACGAGUCUCUGAAGAGGGCAUGAAAGUUUCCUGCACCCAUUUCCAGUGUGCAGCUGGUGCCUUCACGUACCUUCGGGACAACUUCCCCCAUUCCUACAGCGUGGACAUGAGCCACCAGAUCCUAAACCUCAACAUUAACCUCAUGCUGGGUCAAGCUCAGGAAUGUCUUCUGGAGAAGUCCAUGCUGGACAACCGGAAAAGUUUCCUUGUGGCCAGGAUCAGUGCCCAGGUGGUGGAUUACUACAAAGAGGCCUGCCGGGCUUUGGAGAACUCUGACACGGCCUCCCUGCUGGGAAAAAUCCAGAAGGACUGGAAGAAACUGGUGCAGAUGAAGAUAUAUUAUUUUGCCGCCGUGGCCCAUCUACACAUGGGAAAACAGGCAGAGGAGCAGCAGAAGUACGGCGAGAGGGUCACCUACUUCCAGAGCGCCCUGGAUAAGCUCAACGAAGCCAUCCGGUUGGCCAAGGGCCAGCCCGAAACUGUGCAGGAGGCGCUGAGAUUCACCAUGGACGUCAUUGGAGGGAAGUAUAAUUCCUCCAAAAAAGAUAACGACUUUAUCUACCACGAGGCUGUCCCUGCGCUGGACACUUUGCAAUCUAUUAAAGGGGCGCCGUUGGUCAAAGCCCUCCCCGUCAACCCCACCGAUUCAGCCGUAACCGGCCCGGAUAUUUUCGCCAAACUGGUGCCCAUGGCUGCCCACGAAGCCUCGUCGCUCUACAGCGAGGAGAAAGCCAAGCUGUUGAGGGACGUCAUGGCCAAGAUCGACACCAAGAACGAGAUUCUCGAGCAGUUCAUGGACUCUCUGCAGCUGGACGCCGAGACGGUGGACAAUCUGGAUGUGUACGACCACAUCCCACCCGUCUUGAUGGAAAAAUGCGCGGCGCUCAGCGUUCGCCCGGAGACCGUGAAAAACCUCGUCCAAUCCAUGCAAGUCCUCUCCGGUGUCUUCACUGACGUGGAAGCCUCCCUGAAAGAGAUCAAGGACUUGCUGGAGGAAGACGAGGCCGAGGAGCAAAAGCUUCAGGAGACCCUGGGCAAGAGCCCACCGCCGCCCCAGGACCCUCCGGUCCCCUCCACCGGCGGGGUGGCCGAAGUGGCCAAGGAGUGGGCAAAGUACUUGGAGGUCCACCAGAAGGCCAGCUUCACCAACACCGAGCUCCAUAAAGCCAUGAACCUUCACAUUACCAACCUCCGGCUCCUCAGCGGGCCCUUGGAGGGGGUCAAGGCUGCCCUGCCUGCCCCCAGCCUCUCGGAGGAUGACCAGCAAGCCAUCCAGAACGUCAAGCGUUUGCUGGCCAAGGUCCAAGAGAUGAGAGACCAGCGGGUGUCCCUGGAGCACCAGCUCCGCGAGAUGAUCCAGAAGGACGAUCUCACCACCUCUCUGGUGACAACCGAUCAGUCUGAGAUGAAGAAACUCUUUGUGGAGCAGCUGAAGAAGUACGACCAGAUCAAAGUCUACUUGGAGCAGAACCUGGCGGCCCAGGAAAACAUCCUCAAAGCUCUGACGGAGGCCAACGUGAAAUAUGCUGCCGUCCGGAAGAUCCUGGCCGAGGUGGAAAACAAGUGGAACACGACCCUCCAGACCUUGGUGGCUUCGUACGAAGCCUACGAAGAUUUGAUGAAGAAGUCUCAAGAAGGGAAAGAAUUUUACGCCGACUUGGAGAGUAAAGUUGCAAAACUCUUGGAAAAGGCACAGAUCACCUGCCAAAUGGCUGAAACCGCCCGCCGGCAGAUAAUGGAGAAGGAGAUGAAGAAGAAGACUCCUGCCCGGCCCACCACCUCAAAACCCGUCCUUCAAAAGAAGUUGUCAGAGGCAGAGUUGGCUUGCGAGCCUCUGGGCCUUGCGUCCAUCUCACUGGCUGACCUGCCCGAGGAGCUGCGCAGCCUCCCACCAGAAAUCCUGGCCUCUCACCUGGCACAGCUCCCCGCUGAUGCCCUGGCAGCGCUACGUAAUGAACCACCUUUGCCUGCUGCGGGGAUCAGGGGUCCCGCCGGCGAAGCCUUUGGGGGAGCCCUCCCUCUCAGGCCUCCCUUUGAUCCGAGCCAGUUCCCAGGCACCAGACUACCUCCGCGGCCGUACCAGCCGGCCAUGAUGUCCACUGUCUCUGGACAAGCUUCUUUCCCCAUACUGACUCCCUGCAGUUCCGCAGUGUCCCCUUUGCCGAAUUCACAGAUUUACUCACCGGGGGGUGUCGUUGCUCCAGGUCCGGGCCUUGCCCCACAGCAGCCGGUGUACCCCGGUCUGCCUCUGCCGCCCCCGAGGACGUCUCCACAGCACAUUCCGAUCUCUCAUCCUGCCCCGGGCUCAGUUUACAGCGUCGGACAACUGGCGCCAUGUAGUGGGGUUCUUCCCGGAGGUCCAUCUGCCCCUCUAGACAGGAGGCCGCCAGCUCCGGUGCCUGGCCACUUUGUGGCCCCUCAUUUCCCACCACACAAGCAGGGCAUCCGGCCCGCCACCACUACGGUGGACAGUCUGCAGGCUCCCAUCUCCAGUUGCACAGCUCCGCAGGGGAUGUCUAGCUCCCUUCCCCAGUGGGCAGGGCCUCCUUCUCAAGGGGGCUUUGUGGGGGGACCCCAAGGGUCUUCCCCCUAUCCUUUUGCUUAUGUCCCGGUGAGUACGGCGUCCUUUCUGCCUCCUUUCUCAGGCGCUCAGCCUCAGCCCAGCUUCCAUCCCCCCUCUGAUCGCCCAGCUUGCUUGCAAACAAUGCCUACCAUGCUGCCCCCACAGCAGCAGCAACUGCCCCAUUUCCUGCCCCAGACCCAGCAGCCACAGCCGGCCUUCCCCCAGCCAUACCCGUCUCAGCCCACAGGCCCACCGGUGCUCCCGAAUCAGGUCCCCACGCAUCCCGCUAGCCAAGGGCAGCUCCCCCUCCAGCUGGGACCUCAACAUUAUCAGCUGCCCCCACGGGACCCACUGCCGUCCCAUUCUGGCAGCUUGGCCUACUCUGCCCCGGUCCCAAGAGGCAUGAUGGGCCACAUCCAGCAGGUCCCCCUUCACCCUCCCGUGUCGGCAGCCCCCCUCGCAUUCGCUCCAACGUCAGCCCAGAUCCCGGGAGUCCCUAUAAGACUGCUCAGACCUCAGCCGCUGCCUCCAGUUAGCCAGCCUCCCCUUCGACAUGUUCCUUCUACCCCAAGUCCGGUUGGAGGGGCUGUUCCCUCACCAGCCCCUUCUCCUCGCCCCGCCAUGACCCUCCCACCCCCCUGCCUUUUGCCCUCUCAGAUGCCUCCUUCCUCACUGACUCCUGGCCCUCCGUCCCUGCCCCAGGCUGCCUCCGAGGUCCCCUUCCAACGCCAGAGCUCCUCCACUGAUGACCUGCUCUCCUCCAGUCCCGAGAGCCAACACGGGGGUCCCAAGGCGCCCGUUGGGCCGCCCCUCCUCCAACCCACCAAGGCUGACCCCAAGGAUGGCUUGAAGCCCAAAGCUGUCCAGCUGAUCGAGAAUGACCCGUACGAGAAACCGGAGCGUCUUUGGCGCCUCCUGUCCGAGCUCGAACGUUUCCAAGAAGGGGUGUCCCGGUUGGAGAAGAGCGCCGCGCCGGGCACAGUCAGCGAGCUAGACAACAUCUGGAAGGAGCUUCAGGAUGCCCAAGAGAAGGACGCACGACAGCUGUCGAUCGCCAUUGCCCGUUGUUACACCAUGAAAAACCGGCAUCAGGACAUCAUGCCAUAUGACCGGAACCGAGUGAUCCUCCAAUCGGGCAAGGACGACUACAUUAAUGCCAGCCGGAUUGAGGAUCUCUCCUGCUAUUGCCCCACCAUUAUUGCCACGCAGGCCCCGCUGGUAGGCACCGCCUCAGACUUCUGGCUGAUGAUCUAUGAGCAGAAAGUCUCGUUGGUGGUCAUGUUGGUCUCGGAGCAGGAGAUGGAGAAGCAAAAGGUAGUCCGAUACUUCCCGACAGAGCGAGGCCAGCCCAUGGUCCUCGGCUCCAUCACCCUCGUCCUCACUAGCCUGAAGGCCACCCCCACUCACCUGGAAAGAAUGAUCACAUUGCAAUUCCACGAUCAAAGCCUGAAACGGACUGUCAUCCACCUUCAGUUUUCUUCCUGGCCGGAGCUUGGCCUGCCGGACAGCAAAGGGAACCUGCUUCGGUUUAUCCAGGAUGUGCACAGCCAUUACCUACAUCAGCGACCCCUCCACACCCCCAUUGUGGUCCACUGCAGCUCCGGCGUGGGCCGCACAGGAGCCUUCUGCCUCCUCUACGCCGCCAUGCAGGAGGUAGAAGCUGGCAACAGCAUCCCGGAUUUGGUUCAACUCGUGAAGCGCAUCCGUCGACAGAGGAAACACAUGCUGCAGGAGAAGGUCCAUCUCCGAUUUUGCUACGAGGCGGUCCUGAAACAUGCUGUGCAGGUAUUGCAGAGACAUGGUGUGAUGUCCGCGGCCUUGGCCUGCAAGCCGGCCAGCAGCAGUGCCCAAAAGGUGCCUCUCCAGCAGGACCUCCAAGAUCUGGUCUUGGGGGGCGACGUCCCCAUCAGCUCCAUCCAAGCCACCAUUGCCAAACUCAGCAUCCGACCUCUCCCAGGCAGCGCCGAGCAUCCCCCCAAUGCCCGGGGGCUGGAGGCGGCAGCCCCCUCAAUGCCCCCCUUUGAUGCUGCACUCCCGCCGGCGGCGUCUUCCGCUGGUCCGCGAAUCUUUCCCGAGCCAGGCUGCACAGAGAACAUGCCGGGGUUUUCUCCACCUGUCACACCGGCUCCGGCAUUGUCCGAGCCAGUGGCCCCAUUGAUCGUCGAGAUGAGCAGCUCCAUGGAAGAGGAGAGAAGCGAGGAGAAGGCGGAAAGCCUUCCGAGGGCAGAGCCGUUGGCAUCUACACCGGCCCUCCCUCCCUCCUCCUCCUCCUCUUCCUCCUUGGAGCUUCUGGCUUCACUCACCCCGGAGGCCUUCACCCUGGACAGCUCACUUAAGGGCCGGCACAAAGUGAGCAAGCAGAGCUUUCUCCAGCCGCAGAACGGGGAGGGUCUGCGAGGAGCCCUUCCCAGCGAUGACCCUCUCAGCAAGUUAGACCCUCUCUGGACUCUCAACAAGACCUGAGCAGAUGCAACAAGCCCCCCCCACCCCCCCAUUCUCCUGUACUUACCUUCCUGGUUUGUGGUGGAGUUCCAGGUGAGACGGCGGUAUAUUUGUCUGCCAUUGACCGCUUCGGGAAUGCCGUACUGCCUCUGGAACCCUCUCGCCAUGCUUAUGGUUGUUCAAGACCCCGCAUUGCGGCCAAGCUGGAAUGCUCAGAACGGUUACCGGUUGCCUUCCCGCUUCCUUUUCAGCCCCAGCCAGGACCACGCGUCUGUUACGGUUCACCUCAAUGCCGGGGCAAUUGAGCCAGGAGCAAAGCUGUGACGCCAGCCAGAGUCCUCAUGCCCACUCAAAGUUUUGGGUGUGAUUUGGGGGGGGGGGGGAGACAGACGGUUCAGCUUUUCAACACACACACCCCGCGACCGUACUCUCACUGUCCCGUUCUAUGGCAAGUAAACCUGGGACAAGCCACUAAAAGCUGGGAUCUCCUGCACCGCCCAUUUCUCAUUCCUUUCCCCAUGAAAGUUGGUAGGACUUGAGACGGUCCAGUUGAUCCUGCCAAAUUGGAGAGGGUGGGAGGCAGGGGUCCCCAGAUAAAUAGGGGAACCCUUGGUUGACUCUUGGUGGAAUCUGGCACUUGGUACGGCAUUUCCUCCCCAGGUUCCCUUAGAUGGCCCGAUUCGGUUUCCAAAGGUUCUUUUUUUUUUCCUGUUUGUGUCUCUCCCCCCUCUCAAUUCAGGACCACAGGGGUUCCCCUGCUAUUCUCCCCCCACCCCCCCAAGUCCAGUGAUGCUGAAUUUUGAGCCACAUGGUCUACAGAACUUGUUUUCACUUGACAACGGCUACUGAAAAAACGGGUGUGGACACCGUCGACACUAGUGUGGGCCCCCCUGAAGCAGGCAUUCCAUGCCCCAAGGAAUGGGGGUCAGUGGGACAGCUAAAAUGUGGGUGCACCCCCUCCUCCGAGGGAGAAAAGGCUUGGCAAGACUCGUCUUUCCUGGAUAGACUAGCUGGUUUUCUGUCCCAAAGAAUGUUGAUAAGUUUGUGGAUUCCGCCAACCCCUGCAUUGACCAGUCUUGGGGAAACGUAUUGAUUUUUCUUUUUUUCUUUUUCCUUCUGUACAAAUGUUAAUACUGGCUUCCGGUUUCCAAACUUCCAGUGUAAUUUAACAGCCAACACUUUUUCAGUUCUUUGCUACGAAAGCAAAUUAAACGGGGCGUUGGAGAUGGG